CUUUUUUUUCUGUUUCCGCCAUGCCACUAAACAUUGGGGGGUUUCUAUUUGGGAUGUAAUGUUGAGUUAAAAAAGCAUGAAACCUCCCAAAUGAAGAAAGGUUUUACCUUUAAAAUUUAGGUACCCUUCAAUUAUGGAUUAUUGUACUUCUACGCCCUGUUACUCUGUUAGGUGUUACUAUGAUUGCUUGAGUCAAUAAUACACACCUGGCUUUGUACUUUCAAAAAACUAGGUUGGUUUAAAACUUUCAGUUAGAAUUCAACAUUUACUAAUUACUACUAUCAUAUAUAGUCAACUUAUGUGCAUGUUUUUUGGGGUUUUACCCUAGUUACAAAAUCCAUUUUGUAUUUUCCUUUUCUCGACAGCUUUUGUUUUCUGCACUGCUCAUUUUGUUUAUUUGUGUCUUAUGCUUUGUUUUGAUAUGGUAGUAGGAAAGGAAGUACUAGGAGAUUGAUUGUUUUAGGUACUUGGAUGAAAAGUAAGAGACAAAUAUAUAAGAGAGAACAAUUGUUUAUUCUUUCUUUUAAAGACAUACAUGUCCUUGUCUAUGUAGAUAAACGAAAUGAAUUAAGAGUGCCCACUUUAUGAUUUGAAAGAGGUCUCAUACUCUUUUCCCCUUUCUCUUCAAAGUCUCUUCAGUUAUAUGAUAAAAGGGUUCCACUUAGUAUUUUCCCCCUUCUUCCACUACUUCCUCACUUCUCAAACAACAUGAAACAUUAUUUUCUUCUCCACUUCCAUUUCCCUACUUUUAAUUUCUUCCCCAGGACCCUCCAUUCCUUCUAAACAAAGGUUUAAAUCAGGUGAAAUCAUUGGUGAUGAAUAGCAAGAUUCCAAAAUGCAUGCUACUGACCUACUGUAUACUCCUUAUUAUUCUGACUUCCCGUGUAUCAUUUGAUUGUCAUAUUGGAUAGGAGCUUGAACCAGCCGGCAUUGAUGCUUUCACCACUCCAUCUGGAAACUAUAACAGUUCCGAAAAUGAAAUCACUAUACAUGAUAACUUUAGAACUACUGGGAAUGGUGGACUUCCUGGACCAGUCCUACUUGCAAGGGAAAGACUUCUCCAAAGAUUGAGAGGCUUUUCUCUAUCUGAAAACAGGUGCAGUAGAAGGGCCUCGACAAGCAGCCUUAUGAGAAACGUGACAACCGAAAAUGACUCCAUGCUUGUUGGUGCUAGGGACUCUGUAGCAAGAUCAGGCAUAGCCACAGACUUUAUCCAGAUAGACAUGACCAAAAGACCUCCUGGGCUCACCCAAGAAUCCCUAAAUUCUCUGCAAGUUGAAGUUUUCAACAACUUAGGUGGCAAUGUACCACAAGAGUGUUGCAUCUGUUUGGAGGCUUUCUCGGAUGGAGACGCCCUGUUUCAUUUGCCCUGUGGCCAUAGAUUCCACAACGGUUGCUUGAUUCCCUGGGUCCGGACUUGUGGAGACUGCCCUUAUUGCAGGGCAAGUGUAUUAAAACACAGAAAGUAACAUGACUGACCAUAUCAGAGGGCAAAAGUGACAUCUUUGUUGCAACCAUGCCACACUAACAUAAAAUGAUUGCAAUUUAGCUUGUGUAGUAAUAUCUUCCACAGUGUAUAUAUGCAAUCUUUGGAGUUAACUGGAUGGCGAAACGACAUAUACUUUACUCGGUAUUAU